UGUAAAGCAAACCAAACCAAACCAAACCAAAACACACCACACCACAGGACACCAAACCGACAACCACGGGAUUGUUGGGACCGCGACCGUUCCAUAUCCGUACCGGAGUUAGCACCCGGCUUCUGCCAGGGGAGGAGAGCGAGACAACAAGACAAACAAAACAAGCGGAAGGUAGCCAACAAAAACCCGGCCCAUCCCAUCCCAAGCGAACAGGAUGCGAUCCUCCCUGUUGUCCAUCGGGGCGUCGCUGCGUGCCCAAAGGCAAACCCGCCCGGCGAAACGGAUGCGGCAAGGGGACCUUUCUCGUGCAAAGAGCAGCCUGCGAUCCCCCCUGUCGCGGCCGAUCGAAUCGCCGUCGGCGGCGGUGCCCGGAAGAAGCAAGGGAUGCACCGGGACCAACGCUUGCAAUGCCACAACCACAACCACAAGCCACCACCGAUUCGAUUCCUCCAACCACCGGCGCCGGGGGCAGCACCAGCUGGUCGUUUCGAGCAGGGUUUCGUUGUCCCCGCUUUCCGUCUUUCCCGGCUGCCUCCCCUCCCACCACGGGCGGAACGCGAACACGAACACGAACACGAACCCCUCGGGCGACGCCGGCCUCGAGGAAGGCCGGCGGCUGGUGGCCAUGCGCCUCUUUCUCGAGUCGCUCCAGCUCGCCACCGCACACUCGACCCUUUCGGGACCGGGGGCGACCAACGCGAAAACAAACACGAACACAAACACGAGGACGACACCGAAACCGGCCGAAGUUCCGGCGGAAGUUCCCGGGGUUUGGGGAACCCCCGCGAACCGCCGCCGCGUCGGCGUCGUGGGCAGGAGCAUUCUCGCUAGAAGCGCGGUGCCGGAGGCCGGAUCCGACCGAGGCGAAGAGGGCGGACGCAUUGGGGAGGCCUUUGGCCCACCCACCGCCGCCGAGGAGGCACACACCACCGGCCGGUCUUCCCCUUCCGAGCCCGCACACGCACACGCACUCGCAAAAGACCAAGACAAACCACCGACCGACCUCGACCGCCUGAAAUCGGACCUGGGCCGUGCCAUCCACCGCAGGGACCCGCGGAAGGGCAUGUCCCUCUUCCGGGAGUCCCAGAGGAACCGGUGGAUCCUUCCGAGAAAGACGGUGACGGACCUGUUUUUCAUGGUGUCUGAAUCGGACCCGGCCUCCGGAUACACGGUCAUCCAAUACUACAACCAACACUACCUGCACCAGGACGCCGCUCGAACGGACGGCGGCGGCCGCGGCGCCGGGCUCGACGGGAAGACCAACAAACGCCUCUCCCUGUACAAGCGGAUCUGCAACUCCAUCGGCCUCCUGGAACCCCACCGCCACAACGCCGGCCAGAUGCAAACCAUGGUGGAAAACCUCCUCGGCGAGAUGGAGGCCAUGGAGACCUCCUCGAAAGAGGUCCUCUACCCCAAGCUCGUCCUCUCGCUGCUCACACAGCGCAUCGCGACGGUCGGGAGGCACGCCUUUGGUCUGUACGAAACCAUCGUUCGGGAGGGCUUCGAGACCAAGGCGGGCUGGCUCAACCGGCUGCUCUCCACCUCCCGGUUCCACCGCCAGGGGGACGUCCCGUACCACGACGUCAUCCGCCGGCUGGUGGACACCCCCGGCGGGCAGCUCAACGCCGACGCGGUCCUGCCGGCGAUCCAGAACAUGUUCCCGUACACCGAGGAAGAACCGAUCUGCGUGGCCCUCGAGUCCUGGCUGGACGACGCCGGGAACAAGGAGGAGGCCCGGUCUCGCGGCGGCGGAAGACACCACCACCACCACCACGACCGGGAGCACCGCAUCGAUCGGUCCAUGCUGGAAGCCAUAUCCACCGGUGCCGCGCAGUCGGGGAGCACCCGCCAGAUCCUGCUGGUGUGGGAGGUCCUGGAGGCCUGCGGGCACGCCCCCACGGAACUCCUGUACGAAAACACGGUCAUGGCCUUUGCCAACGACAGCGUUGGAAACGGGCUCGAGCAGGCCUUUGCCGCACUGGCCUCCAUGAAGGAAGACGGCUUCCGGCCGUCGAGGCCGCUGAUCCGGAGCUUCUCGUCGGCGAUCCGCCUCAACCGGUCCCUCAUCGGGAGGGCCCGCCGGAUGCUCACGGAGGACAAGCACAACGAAAUGGCGUCCAUCGACCACCAGCGCAUGCUGUCGCUCGAAUCCCUCAACGUCGUCCUCUCGAGCUACGCCGAGCGGGCCGACCCGGAGGACGCCGUGGAAAUCCUGGGGGUGAUGGGCGACCACGGCAUAGAGCCCGACGCGGACUCGUAUUCCUUUGUCAUCGAGGCCCUCGGCCGGGACAUCAAGAAGCGCCUCAAGCUGGAGGACGCUUCCUACAAGCAGCGGAACCUUCAGAUCGCGGACACGAUCCUCUCCAUGAUGGAGGAAAACGGGGUCCCACCGACGACGCACGUGAUCCGCAACUACGUCGAGCUCCUGUGCCUCUCGGGCGAGAUCGAGACCGCUACCUCCAUCGUGGAGGACGGCCUGGAAAGCGCCGACAAGGGGUCCCCCGGAUCGAUCAACAACAUCACGAUCUACCGCGUCGCGAAGGAGCACGCGGCGCUGGGGAACUUUGACAAGGCCCGGGAGCUGGCGGAAACGAUGACCGAGCACGUCCCGGCCCUGCACCGCGGGAUCCGGAGCCGGGAGCAGCGGUCGUCGUACGUGAGGGAACACGUGCGCGUCGAGCCACUGCCGCCGCCGCAGCAUUAGCAGCAGCAAAAACAACAAGCGGGCGACCGCGAGAGGUAACCCGAAAAUGAAGGCAACACCACGGC